UUUAAUUUACAGUUAGUGCAUCCACUUGACCAAUUGACAGAACAUGGCUUGCCAACUCCGCACGCGCAUGGCCAAGGUGACCUCCGUGCAGCACGGCCCCCUGGCUGCGCCGCGCGUGCGGGGUGUGGCCGUGCGUGCAGACACGCCUCAGAACCUCACGCCCGCGGCGCCAACUCAGCCGGCGCAGCGGCAGGCCCCGGCGGCCGUCGCCAUCGCCGCUGCUGCAGCUAUACUUCUUGGUGCUUCGGCCCCUGUCCUGGCCGCUGAGGCGCCCGAGCUUUUCGCCAACAAGUGCGCAGGUUGCCACAUGAACGGCGGGAACAUUCUGGCAGUAGGCGCCACCCUUUUCUCCGAGGACCUCCAAAAGAACGGCGUGGACAGCCCUGAAGCUCUGUACAAGAUCAUCUACAGCGGCAAGGGCAAGAUGCCAGGCUUUGGCAAGGAGUGCGCGCCAAAGGGCGCCUGCACCUUCGGCGCCCGUCUGAGCGAUGAGGAGGUGACCAGCCUGGCGAGCUACGUGGCAGAGCGCGCCGCUGCGGGCUGGAAGUCGUGAUGCGCUCGGAGGAGCGCAGGAAGGGCGGGGAAGGAGGUAGCUGUGUGCCCCUCUGGUGAUGUUAUGGUCUAUGGUGGUGAGGGCGACGAAGAUGUGGGUUCGGGUGUAUGUAUACAUAUCGUAUGUCGCGGCUCGCCGCCCUGGUGCCUGAAGUUUGCAUCUGCACGCCUGCUGUGUGGCGGCUGCGGUCGCGGCGCACGCGGGUGUAUGGUGAGGUGAGUUAAUCACAGGCUCAGAGCUGUCUUGCGGGGCUAGGUUAUUAGGUUAACAGGAAGCUCGCUGUACGUAUUGGACGGAGCAUCUUCGGAUCUGUAGGACACGCAGGCAGGCUGCGGGGAUGGUCGGGACAAACAUGCGGGCGGGUACCUCGGAUGAAGAAUUGCCAUGAGAGCGCGUGGUGAGAGGAAUGGAUUGGCGGGGCUUUUCAGACGCUUGCAGUCAAGGGCAGUUUGACGGUGAGUGGCCAAGUGCGACGACGUGUGCUGGUGGGGGUGAGAGGAUGCAGCACGAAGUGAGUCGGCACGGCGUCUGGAGGUCUGGGAGGUCUGUGAAAUGCGUAAAUGCGAAUGCAAAUGCAGGUCUGCCGGGUGUCGAGGGCAUCUAAUCAAUGGCACGGUUGGCACCUCGGAUGGCACCACCUUAACCGAGCAGUGUGAACAUGGUAAUUAUAUUUGAACAUAUAGCACGCGUUGCCCAUGCACGGAACAGUCGUGGCGUCGCACGCGCGCUUCUCAAACCUUUGU